UCUUCAGGCCCGUUCUGAGGUGGCUUUGAACUGAUUUUCCCCAGUGAUUCCGGCCCCCUGCCCCCACCUUUCUGUCCAUCACUCCAUCAGAAAAUGCUCAUCCGAUGGAUCUAUCUGACAUGAGCUGUCUUAAUGCGCUUGAGGCGCAAUGAAGAGCCAAAGAGUUCUUCCCCACAUUUGGCCCCACUGUGCAUAUUCUGGUAUACGCAUUCAUUUAAAAGACAUAUGUGACUUGUGAAAAGUUCAAGUUGGCCCAGGGAGGUAAAUUUGCUUUCCCAGCCUGGCAGCCGGAGGGCGAGGAGGUGCUAACAGGCCUGCGAGCUUGGGAGCGGGGCCGAAGCUCCGCUUCCUGUGGCCUGACAGAAUUCAUUCAGAUUAACGACUAAUAUCUAGUUCCAGGACUGAAGGGUGACUACGGGACUGGAUGUUGGCUUCCUCGGGUGAGAAAUACCUCGGUCCUGGGCUUUGCACAAGAAAGAAUUCACGCCAAGCCUGGUUUGUGAUCCAACUUCUGAGGACUGGUCGGAGAGAGAAAUGGGGAAAACGAGCCUGAGGAAAAGGAGAGAGGACGAGAAUGCAAUCCCUAGUCCAGAGCCCAAGACCACAAGUCUCCAGAAAGAGGUGGGCCUGGUCAGCGGCAUCUGCAUCAUCGUGGGCACCAUCAUCGGCUCGGGCAUCUUCAUUUCUCCCAAGUCUGUGCUCAGCAACACGGAAGCUGUGGGGCCCUGCCUCAUCAUCUGGGCCGCCUGCGGGAUUCUUGCCACCCUGGGUGCUUUGUGCUUUGCGGAACUCGGCACCAUGAUCACCAAGUCAGGGGGCGAAUACCCGUACCUGAUGGAGGCCUUCGGGCCCAUCCCCGCCUAUCUCUUCUCCUGGACCAGCCUCUUCGUCAUCAAGCCCACCUCCUUUGCCAUCAUCUGCCUCAGUUUCUCCGAGUAUGUCUCCGCGCCCUUCUAUGCGGGCUGUGAGCCCCCCCAGGUCGUGGUGAAGUGCCUGGCCGCCGCCGCCAUCUUGCUCAUCACGACGGUGAACGCGCUGAGCGUGCGGCUGGGGAGCUACGUGCAGAACAUCUUCACGGCGGCCAAGCUGGUGAUCGUGGCCAUCAUCAUCAUCAGCGGCAUGGUCCUCCUGGCCCAAGGAAACACAAAGAAUUUCGAGAAUUCUUUUGAGGGUUCGAAAGUGACUGUGGGAGCCAUCAGCCUGGCAUUCUAUAAUGGCCUCUGGGCCUACGACGGAUGGAAUCAACUCAAUUAUAUCACAGAAGAACUUAAAAACCCUUUCAGGAACCUGCCCUUGUCCAUUGUCAUUGGGAUCCCGCUGGUGACGGUGUGCUACAUCCUCAUGAACGUUGCCUAUUUCACGGUGAUGACCACGACUGAACUCCUGCAGUCCCCGGCUGUGGCUGUGACGUUUGGGGAUCGCGUUCUCUACCCCGCCUCUUGGGUGGUCCCACUCUUUGUGGCGUUUUCAACCAUCGGUGCUGCCAAUGGGAGCUGCUUUACAGCGGGCAGACUCAUUUAUGUGGCGGGUCGGGAAGGUCACAUGCUGCAAGCCCUCUCCUACAUUAGUGUCAAGCGCCUCACUCCAGCCCCCGCCAUCAUCUUUUAUGGUAUCAUAGCUAUCAUCUACAUCAUUCCUGGGGACAUCAACUCCUUAGUCAAUUACUUCAGUUUCUCUGCGUGGUUGUUCUAUGGCAUGACCGUCCUCGGACUCAUUGUCAUGAGGUUUACAAGGAAAGAACUGGAAAGGCCUAUCAAGGUGCCCAUUGUCAUUCCCAUCCUGGUGACUGUCAUAUCCGUGUUUUUGGUGCUGGCCCCGAUCAUCAGCGAGCCAGCCCUGGAGUAUCUCUACUGCGUCCUCUUCAUCCUCAGUGGCCUCAUCUUCUACUUCCUCUUUGUCUAUUACAAGUUUAGCUGGGCUCAGAGGAUCUCAAAGCCUGUGACCAUGUACCUGCAGAUGCUCAUGGAGGUCGUGCCACCUGAGGUGGCCCCGUAGCAAGUCCAGCCUUUGGGGGCCCUGUCACAACUCUGAACUUAUUUUUGUAAGCAGUAUUUGUGGUGAUUUCUUCGGGUUUUUCUUAGGGAAAACAGAAUGUAUUGAGAUGUUUAUGCUAUCUAACGUUCAAAUAUCCUUUAUUCUCUGUGGGGUGUUUCUUACGGUUAUUGGCUAAAGAUGUGCUCUCACACAAUGCUGAUGGCAGCAGGCGUGUGGGUGGGGCUGAAACCAGAGUGCCACCAUUAUGGUGGCAACUAUUCAACUGCCCCAACUUUAAUAAAGGGUAUUCUUUAAAUCAA